AUGGGCAAAGAAAAAGACCCGACUCAGGAGCUAUUUCCUGCGCGCGGCAAUCUGCCUCUGUCCCAGCCAGCUCACGCAUUGAAACACCAAGAUGUCCUUGCUGAGCUAGAGGCCAUUGACCGCGACGGUCUUUCAUGCGCCAUGGCGAAAGAGCGCCUGGAUCGGUAUGGCAAGAAUGACCUGGGCGAAGCAGGAAGCGUCAACGCGCCAAAGAUUCUUCUCCGACAAAUCGCCAACGCUAUGACUCUAGUCCUCGUAAUGGCGAUGGCGGUGAGCUUUGGCAUCAGGUCCUGGAUCGAAGGCGGUGUCAUCGCUGCUGUUAUAAUUUUGAACAUUACGGUUGGCUUUUGGCAGGAAUUCAAUGCUGAGAAGACCAUGGACUCGUUGAGAUCUCUAUCUUCGCCGACGGCUGCCGCUGUCAGAGGCGGCGAAAGUAUCACUGUGCCAACGGUCGAAAUUGUUCCCGGUGACAUGGUGGAGCUGAAGACCGGAGACACAAUUCCAGCUGAUUUGAGACUCAUCGAAGCUGUCAACUUUGAGACAGACGAGGCCCUCCUCACUGGAGAGUCCCUUCCCGUUCGAAAGGAUCCUGAGCUCAUCUGCGAUGAAGACACUGGUCCAGGUGAUCGUUUGAAUGUUGCGUACAGCUCCUCCGCCGUCACCAAAGGCCGCGCUCGUGGUGUUGUCUAUGCUACUGGUCUGCAAACUGAGAUAGGCUCCAUCGCUGCUGCGCUUAGAGCUUCGGGUUCUGGAAUUCGCCCCGUCAAACGCAACAAGGAGGGUCGAGCUGGUCCUCAUCGAUAUCUCCAGGCCUGGAGUUUGACAACCACAGACGCAGUUGGCCGCUUCCUUGGCGUCAAUGUAGGCACACCUCUGCAAAAAAAGCUCUCACGACUUGCAGUUCUCCUUUUCUGGAUCGCAGUAGUGUGUGCCAUCAUCGUGCUUGCUGCAAACGAUUUUGCUAGCGAGCAGGAGGUCAUUAUCUACGCAGUAGCUACGGGCCUCAGUAUGAUCCCAGCUUCACUCGUCGUCGUGUUGACGAUUACAAUGGCAGCCGGUACAAAGACGAUGGUCGACAGGCAUGUUAUCGUCCGCAAUCUCAAGUCUCUGGAAGCUCUCGGGGCUGUGACAGACAUCUGUUCAGACAAGACAGGUACUUUGACGCAAGGGAAAAUGAUCACGAAGAAGGCAUGGAUCCCCGCUUGUGGCACUUAUUCCGUCGACAAUUCUACAGAACCGUUCAAUCCUACUUCGGGAGAUUUGCGCUUUGCCGAUGCCAGCGAACGCUCCAACAGUAUUGCCCAAGGAGACAUCAUCUCUGGAGAAGAUAUGUUAAAAGACAACACUCACCUCAAGCAUUUCCUGGACGUGGCAGCGCUGGCAAACCUCUCCACUGUUUACCAGGAUCAGAAAGGGAAAUGGGUCGGACGAGGAGACCCGACUGAGACUGCCAUCAGCGUCUUUGCCCUUCGCUUCAAGUGGGACCGCACACAGCUCACCAGUGGGAAAAAACAAAUCUGGAAGACUGUUCUCGAAUUUCCUUUCGACAGCGACGUGAAGAAGAUGUCCGUUCUCAUGGAAAAUAUUGACACGGGCGAUUUGCAUAUUCUCACGAAGGGAGCGGUUGAGCGGGUCAUUCAGGCCUGCUCCCACUUCUUCGUCAGCAGCGAGACACCGGAGCCCGCUGCCAUGACCGAUGAAGUUCGAGAGCGGAUCUUGGAGCAGAUGGAGGAGUUUGCUUCCCUUGGCCUUCGUGUGCUCGCUUUGGCUAGCCGCGACGCACCAACAAAUACAAACUAUGAGAAAGAGGUAGAUAGGAAUGAGAUUGAGACGGGUUUGACGUUCCGCGGACUAGUCGGUCUUUACGAUCCACCGAGAGCUGAAUCGGCUGGCGCGGUUAGACAGUGUCGACAUGCGGGAAUCGAUGUACACAUGCUGACUGGUGAUCAUCCGGGUACCGCCAAAGCAAUCGCCAUCGAAGUUGGAAUUUUGCCCUCCAGAAGGGAACUGAAUCAGCUGCCCAAAGAUGUUUCUGACGCUCUGGUCAUGGCUGCAAGCGAAUUCGACAAGCUUUCUGACGACGAGAUUGACCAACUUCCAUCAUUGCCUUUGGUGGUAGCACGGUGCGCACCGCACACGAAAGUUCGAAUGAUUGAGGCUCUGCAUCGUAGAAAGAAGUUUGCUGCUAUGACUGGUGAUGGUGUCAAUGACUCUCCGUCACUCAAACGAGCCGACGUGGGUAUUGCUAUGGGCCAGGCUGGAUCCGAUGUCGCUAAAGAUGCCUCUGAUAUUGUCUUGACUGACGAUAACUUUGCAUCGAUUAUCAACGCAAUCGAAGAAGGACGCCGCAUGUUUGACAACAUCCAAAAGUUUAUUCUUCACUUGCUUGCGGAAAACAUUGCUCAGGCAUGUACACUUUUGAUCGGUUUGGCUUUCAAGGACUCGCGCGGACUCUCCGUCUUCCCUUUGGCACCUGUUGAGAUUAUCUGGGUCAUCAUGAUCACGUCGGGCAUGCCAGACAUGGGCCUCGGAUUCGAACAAGCCCAACCAGACAUCAUGCGUCGUCCACCUCAGAGUCUCAAACGCGGAGUCUUCACCCUUGAAGUCAUGGCCGACAUGGUUGUCUAUGGCCUCUGGGUCGCGGCGCUUUGCCUUGGCGCCUUCUCAGUAGUCGUUUUUGGUUUUGGUGACGGCGAACUUGGUCAGAAUUGCAAUGACGCUUACUCAGAGCAAUGCGACACGGUCUUCCGUGCCCGAGCCACCUGCUUCGCGUGCUUGACCUGGUUCGCUCUCUUCCUGGCGUGGGAACUCGUUGAUAUGCGCAGGAGUUUCUUCAGAAUGCAGCCUGGCUCAAACAAGUAUUUUACUCAAUGGUGGUAUGAUGUGCGCAGAAACAAAUUUCUCUUCUGGGCCAUCAUCGCUGGCUUCGUCACUAUCUUCCCUACGCUCUACAUCCCCGUGAUUAACCACGACGUCUUCAAGCACGAAGGCAUCUCUUGGGAAUGGAGCGUCGUCUUCAUCUCGGCUUUGUUGUUCUUCCUUGGCAUUGAGGCCUGGAAGUUUGGCAAGCGUUUAUUCUUCCGCAGAAGGGCUAGAAAGAUGGGCCUGACUCCACAAAUAUCUGCAGAGUGUGAGCAGAGUGACACGGAGAAGGGACGUGCAGGGGAGGUUGUCACUGCAGGAAUGGCCGAGAGACAUCAAGGAUGA